GACCAGUGCGUUCCCUCGCUAACCUUACGAAAAUAGCCGAGUGUCAACGAUUAUAAAGUCGCUUCCUUAGAAACAAACAAACGGCAAUGGCGGGUUGAGCUCGUCAAGAUGAAUAAAUGAUGAACUAGAGGACAUCAGCACGCACAUCCCGAUAGCAAGAUUUCGUGACAGCAUCUUGUAAUACAACAGGCCUUCCAUCGUAUGCAGUUUGGAUAUUGGUUGCAAUUAAAUAUUUACAAUGGCAUGACAAGCACAAGCAAGUAUUAAACAUCAUCGUUAUUGAAGAACAUAAAGAAGUUCUAAAAAAAAAAAAAAAAAAAAAACUCCCAUAGAAUUAUUCAGCCAGUGAAAACACAAAAGCAUCAAAAUGCCUGUUGCUGAAACAAGAUUAGAGACACUUCAAGUGUGCAAACUUUUACAAUGUGUUCGGGAAAAGGAUAUGGGUCAGAUAGAAAAACUUACAAACCAUGGAGUGCCACAUUUGAUUAAUUACAAUGAUGCCAAUGAAGGUUUCACGGCCUUAGGAGUGGCAGCUGCCGCUAAUGAUGAUGAGAUGAUAAAAUUUCUAAUUGGUCUCGGAGCCCAUCCCGAUGCUGUGGAUUUAAAGGGCAGAUCCCCCUCCAUGAGGGCAGCAGAGUAUGGCCAUGUGCAAUGUUUGGAAAAGUUAGUGGAGGCUGGUGCUAAAAUGGACAUCAAAGAUUUGGAAGGAAAAGGUAUCUUAUUCUAUUGCAUCUCCCCAACUGAGCGACAUGCCAAAUGUCUUGAGAUAGCUGUGGAGAACGGAGCCGACCCCAACAACAUAUCUGCAGAGGGAAUUCCUGUGCUCCUUUAUGCUUGUGACACAGCCACAGACAAUGAGGAAGCCUGCAUCCAACUCCUACAAAAGGGAGCUAACCCAAAUGGAAAGCAAGAGAAAACGGGUAAAACCUGUCUAAUGGCAGCUGCAGCUAGUGGGAGUGUUAAGGUUGUUCGUGCCAUCUUGGAGCGUGGAGCAGAUGUGAAUGCACUAGAUAUAAAGCAUAACCAUGCUGCUCAUUAUGCUGCUAUUGGAGGCAGUCUAGCAGUUGUGGCAUGCAUGUCUGGACAUGGUGCUAUGUUUGAUCAGACAAACUCAGAGGGAAAUACUCCCAUACAUAAUGCUGCUAUGAACGGACAUGGAAUGGUCUGCAAAUUUCUGGCACAAAGGGGUUGUAACCCUAAACCAAAAAAUAAUGAAGGAGAGACUGCAAGGAGUCUGGCAAAAGAUAGGGAUCACAAAGAGGCCACAAAAGAAUGUAGGAAAGCGGAGAAAGGGUUUGGUAAAGUUGGGAAGAACAAUGAGCCCUGGGCCAUAGUCCUGUAUGACUGGGUGUUUGAGAGGUCGGAAAAGAUUCUCAACAUGAUGAUGAAGUAUGAUCCAGAUGAAAAGGGGACUGUAACAAAGGACAACUUUGCUGACAGUCUGACAGGGAUGGGCGCACCAGCGGAAGAGGAGGAUAUGAAGAAAGUUCUCUUAGCCCAUGAUAAAAACCGUGAUGGCAAUGUUGACUUUAAUGAAUUUGUUGGUGGCAAGAAAUAUGUGAAUAAAAACUACUUAAUGAGUGCCUUUGAGGGCAAAAAGAAAAAGAAGGGCAAAAAAGGAAAAGGAGGUAAAAAGAAGGGUAAAUUUAAGCUUGUUAUGCCAAUAUGUACCCAGGAUGAGGGACCGAGGACCUAUGGAGGAGCACCACCUGAGAUGUUCAUCGAGAGACACAUUCACUUCACAGACACGAACCGCUUUGACAGAGACAGGCCUCCAGCUCAUCCACUACAGGAUGACUCUGCAUGGUAUUUAAACCACCCUGAUAGGAUGUACAUGAACAUAGCUGAUGCUGCUAAAAAUGGUGACUACGAGUCCUUAAAGAAUGCGUUCCAAAGAGGUACUACAGCAGACACCAGAGACAAGUACUACAAAACUCCUCUGAUGGUGGCCUGUUCCACUGGCAAGAUAGACAUGGUCAAAUUCCUAGUGGAUAAUGGAGCAAUGGUCAAUGCCAGAGACAACUUUAAGUGGACACCAUUACACCAUGCAUGUCAUGCUGGUCAGCUGGAUGUUGUUGAGUAUCUGAUUGAUCAUGGAGCUGAAAUUGACGCCACCACGAUGAAUGGUGGUACACCACUCACUAGAGCUAUAGAGAGCUCUCGAGAUAGUGUGGUGGACUAUCUCAUUGGUAAAGGCUGUAGAGUACAGACAGAAAAUGUGAAGGGACAUAACCCAAUGGAUUAUGCCAUAGCCUGGGCUGAUCCCAGAGUCAUAGAUGUAGUGCAGAUAAAAUGGGAGAGUCUGCCAGCUAUGGGGGAUAAGAAAGGAGGUAAAGGAAAGAAGGGUGGCAAAGGAGGAGGUGGUAAGACCACCCGUCCCUCCUCAGGUCCAGCCCUGGAUGCAAAAGAAAAUGUUGCUCACCAUUCUCACUCUGGCCCAUUGGGAUUUGGGGAGUUUGAUGAUCAGCCUCCUCGGCAAAGGAAAGGCUCCAUUCUCCGGGCAGCCUCAGCCUUAGCAGGGGGCAUGGAUGAGCAGGAAGAUAUCACAUACACUCCUUUAAUCCCGUGGACCAAACAGCCGAACAGUAAAGAGCUCAUUGAGCAGCGACAAAUUAACAGAGAUAGAUAUGGCUGGGAGGUAGACUUUGUAGACUUUGAAAUGCCUUUCAAUAAAAACAUAAGUAAAAAGUGUGAAGAAAUGGGCGAUGAUGAUUAAUAACAUAUUUCUAUAGAAAUGUUUGUUAUGUUAUUCACUCACAGUUUUGCCUUGACAACAUUCUGCUGAUUUGUUACUGUGCAUUAUUUACAUGUAUUUCCUUUUUCAUAUUUACAUGGACCUCUGUUUGAUUUAGAACAUAUCUGAUAUAUGUUUUUGUAUUAUGCCUAUUGCAUGCAAAGUUAAGAUUCUUACUUUGAACACUGUUUUGUGACAGUAAGUGCCAAUAUAUUUUGUGAUACAUGAUCUUUCAUUUUAUUGAGUUUUACUAAGUUGAUGUGCCUUCAUAUUGGAAUAUUUGAAACAUUUAACCUGAGCAUCUGUGAAAGCUUUGGUUGAUUUGAAACUUGCAUUUUAUAUCAUUCAGACAAUGAAUCAUUUUCACAAGAAAUCUUACAAUUAAGGUACAAAUUUUAAAACACUGUAAUUCCUUUACAAUUCUUCACUUGUAUAUUUCUUAAUGAGCAAUACUUAAGUGCACAGGAGAAAAACUGGCAUUCUUACUCAGGGUGUAGUUGCACUCAGUUGAGUAUAAGACAGAGAAAAAAUUUCUAUCUUAGUCGUAAGAUUGUUUUUGAAAAUGGGUCUUCAAUGUAUUGCUUGUCAGGUUGAAAGAAACUGAAAGUUUCAUGUUUAAUAAAAAUCAAUUAUUAUGUGUUUACAGAGGUCUAUUUUUGUUUAUAUCAUAAUUCAAUGAUAUUGUCCUUUUAUGUUACUUAUAAUUAAGGAAUAGAUGUAUACAUUGUCUGUAUUAUGAGGGUAUAAAACUACUGACAGUAAUGUGGUAGUUAUAGGAUUUAUUAAUAUAAAUGUUUAUGCAGAAAUUACCUCAAUGCUUCCAUUGUUUUUGUAUUCCCAUAAUGCAAUCAACUUAAACAUUUAUUUCUUAUGUUCAUAUUUUGUUAGUUGUUGCUUUUUAUGAAUAUAGAGGAUUAUAUGUCAAUCUGAAAUGUCAGUGCUUUUACCAAUAAACAAAAUACAUUGCAA